AUGUCCCACGGCCAGAGCGGCGGCUGCGCCUGCCUUCCCUCCAGUGCCGAGAACAAGACGCCUUUGCAGGAAAACAUCGGGAGCCUCGGUGCUCGGAUCGGGGUGUUGGCCAUCCUGAUCUGCGGCGUGGUCUUUCUCAUCGGUCUGCUGAUCAAAACCAAGGACCCGGAGUAUCCUGACAACCCCAGCUGGAUCUACAUGAUUUUGAUCGCCGUGACGCUGGCGGUGGCGGCCAUUCCGGAAGGCAUCCCUUUGUGCGUGACCAUCUCCUUGGCCAUCGGAUGUCAGGAGAUGGUGGCGAAGAACGUUCAGGUACGGAAGAUCGCGGCAGUGGAGACCUUAGGUUCUGCAUCGGUGAUCUGCAGCGACAAGACGGGGACCUUGACGGAAGGCAAGAUGACCAUGACCAAGAUGUGGUCCGGUGGUUUGGAGUACAACGUCACCGGGCAGGGCUUCGACCCAACGAAGGGCGCCGUCUUCCGCGCCGGCGUUGUGGCGGCGCCGGGGAGCAACAGCAACCGGGAGCUGGGCGUGCGCAGCACGCUGCUGGCGGCGCUGCUGUGCUGCGACACGCAACUCUUCUUGGAGGAGGAUCCCUCCACGGGCGAAAGGACCUGGCAGUACCGGGGCAAUUCCUCAGAGGCGCCCAUCGUGGUGGCGGCGCGCAAGGUCGGUUUGCCUGAGGAUAUCGUUUCUCAGUACCGCCGGAUCCUAACCAUCCCUUUUUCCUCGUCACGGAAGAUGAUGCUCACGGUGACAGAAGUUGCAGGUCGUACUCACCUCUGUGAGGGUGGAAUGGCUCUGCCUCCGAUGACCAGAAGCUUCACCGUUUGCAAGGGUGCGCCGAAUUGGAUCAUCCAGAACUGUAGCAGCAUCCUGCGAGCUGAUGGUUCCAUUGAUCCUCUUUCAGAGGCCGAGAAGCAGCAGAUCAACACGCAGGUGGUCGACGCGUACUCCGACCUGGCUCUUCGCGUCUUGGCUGUGGCAGUGGGAUGCAUUCAGCAGCCGCCCUUGGACUUGGAAAGUGAGGACAUCUCCGUAGAUCAGAAGUUUGAAGCACUGAAGUCGGGUCUCACCUUAUGCGGGAUGGUGGCAUCCAUGGACCCUGACCGAGAGGGUGUGCAGGAGUCGGUGCUGGCCGCACGCGGGGCCGGGAUCCGCGUAGUGAUGAUCACUGGUGACUAUUUGAAGACUGCCAUCGCCAUCGCUAGGCGUGUGGACAUCCUCCAAGAUCACGAUAGUUUGACGGAUUCGGCAGUGGAUUGCAACAUGCUUCGCCCAGCGGGCGACGACCAAUACCUCUGUGACGAAAAGAUCGAUGACAUGACCUCCCGCGUGCGCGUCUUUGCGCGCGCCAAGCCGGCCGACAAGUUGGAGAUUGUGAAGUCCUUGCAACGGCAGGGCUUGGUCUGUGCCAUGACGGGCGACGGCGUGAACGACGCGCCGGCGCUGCACGAGGCGCGUAUUGGCGUGGCCAUGGGGCUGCAGGGCACCGAAGUGGCGAAAGGCGCUGCAGAGAUGGUCCUGACGGAUGACAACUUCACCUCCAUAGUGAAGGCGGUCGAGAAGGGCCGCGCCAUCUAUGCGGGGAUUCAGAAAUUUGUGGCCUUCAUCAUGUCGGUGCACAUCGCAGAGGUCAUCCAGAUCUUCUUUUGCGUUGUCGUGUCCAUGCCCUUGAUGCGAACACCUUUGCAGAUCUUGUUUCUGAUCUUGGUGACAGAUUUGCCCCCCUCCAUUGCUCUUGGCAUGGAACCGGGUGAAAGGAACAUCUUGGAGCAGCCUCCACGGCCCAAGGAAGAGCCCAUCGUUCUGGGCUGGAUGUGGAUCAGCAUCUGCUUAAACGGCCUCAUUUUGUCGGUGGUCAUCAUUGGGGUCUACGUGGUGAGCCUGCAGCACUACCUGGGGGUCGUCUUUUUGUCCGAUAUCUUGGAGAAGAAGAAGGGAACACCCUCCGAAGCUGAAAUCCACGACAUCGACAUGAACCUCUCCAAGGCGCGAACCGUGGCCUUCAUCUCCCUGGUUUUUUGCGAAAAUGUCCGCGCCUACAUUUGCCGAUCCUUCAGUGAGCCCGUUUGGGUGGAUCUCUGUACCAAUUCUGUGAUGCAACGGGCCGUGCUCAUGGCCCAGGUGGCGAUGCUCUGUGCUGUGCUGAUCCCUUUCUUCUCCACGGAUAUCUUGGGACUGGAUGGGCUCCACAUUGGCUGGUGGGGAUGGCUCUUCUCCCUAGUAGGUCCAGCGGCCACACUUGUCUUGUGCGAGCUGAGCAAAUUGCUGACCAAGUGGCAGAUGAAACGCUUCUCGGUGGUAGUGUGAAUGGGGUCACCAAUAAAACAUGGAUGUACGACCCAUUGAAAUGGGGAAAGCAACACGCGUGGGGAUGUUAUCAAUAAUAGAUUUGGCUGUGAUUGGGAUGUGGAGAGGUUCGCUCUUCUUGUGCUCUCCGCUUUAGGGAACCAAUUUUGAUAUUGCUAGAAAACACUCCAUCUGCUUCCCCAAAACAGACUUCAGUGUUAAGACUGGUAGGCAACUUAAUGGGCUUUCUUACCCUCCGAGAGCAGAGUGAUCAUAUGUUGAACAGCAAAAGACAUGCUGGACAGGCUGGACAGAGGAGAACACGAGCAAAGAAAGGAAUAAAUAUUAUAAGAC